GUACUACGCUGCCGCUGGCGCCUGGCAGCUUGCGUGGCUCUCUGCGCUUGGGUGGCUUGGCGCGGCAGCGGACGGCGAGACCCAGCAGAGUCGGUCGGCGAGCGAGCGGCCCGCCGCUGCGUGAGGGUGGGAGAUGAGACAGUGGCGCCACAAUGGGAAAGAAGGAAGCUCGUGGACGCAUCCGACACCGCGGUCCUCGCCGUCGCUCCGCUUCGACAUCGAGUCAUGUCCGUGGCCACUUCAAGUCUCACGUUUGGUGUUACGUUGUGGUUGUCAUGCGCAGUAUGCGUGUCCGCCGCUGUAGCCAUUUGCAGCUUUCACGCUAUCGGCAAAGAGUUUCUGUCCGGUCCCAGACCCGUCGCGCAUUCUCUGGCCAUGUGGGGCGGCAAGGGCAAACACCACAAGAGCGCCGGCCGCAAAGGCGGCUAUGGCAAUUGGGGCGGCAGCAAAGGCAAGUGGAGCGGCAAAGAUUGGUCCGGCUCCGCCGAGCACGAUUGGGCGCAGGGAUACGGCUGGUGGGCCGAAGACAACGGCAAGGGCAAGGGAGACUCCGAGCAAGGCCCCCUGGAGUACGUCAAGCGCUUGGAGGGGCGCUAUGCGUUUGCCAAACAAAGCCUUCGCCCCUACUACGGUGAGGGCCACGUCCCGGUCUACUCGCCCACCAAGCUUGCCGUCGACUUAUGGUCGAAGGGGACCUUGCGCCAGGUGCUCACGAGCCAGAACUCCGAGCUGGCUCGCCGGCCGGCAGUGGGGCUGAGCACCAUCAGCCAUUCGAUCGUUGGCCUGCAGGGGGCGCUCCAGGCGGAAGCCACUGGCUCCAAGGAAACCGCCGCAGGCCCGGCGAUCAAGGCGCUUGGAGAGAUGUUUUCCAAGCCAGAGGCAGUCUCCUUCUUCCAGGCCUGCGCGCAAAUGCAACCAGCGAAGGCGGCAACCCUCACGGCGGACGCCCUGGAUUCCGCCCUGGGCGAUUGGCUCGGCUUUUUCCGGGACAACAAAAGCGAGCUCCACCAGCACCUGCCGCGCGUGCUUCAAUUCGCCUCGGCCCUCUACCUCGGCUGUUCCCAGCUCGCAGAGGCGACAACCAUGGCCAACGCCCUCGCAAAUUGGGCUCAGAAGAUCCCCGCCACCAAGUCCAACCAAGCGGCCUUGGACGCAUGGCGCCAUGACCCGAAGGACCUCCGUGCAGCCAAAGCAUUCCUGGCGCGCUGUGUCCAGAUGCGUGCCCAGGAGGAGGCGAGCUGGGGGGCCGGCAAAGGCGGAGACGGUGGGGACUCCGAAGGCGAAGCGCCGGAGGUGCGCAGGACAAAGCGCAAGAAAUCCACCUCCUCAUCCAGCUCCUCUGACUCUGCCGCAAAGAAGGCCAAGAAGAAGGCCAAGAAAGAGAAGAAGAGGGCCAAGAAAGAGGCCAAGAAGGAAGCGUCGAAGAAGCGGUCCGCCACGCCUGAGAUCGGCAGCCCCGCGGCGGGAAUGGGCCCCGGGAUCACUGCGCUUGCGGGCGAAGCCAAAGACAGCGAGUGA